AUGCCGUAUUCAGAGAGCGCGCAGGCCGCGCUGGUCCAAUGGGCGAACACGUUUCCACUCGACAAGAAGGCUGACUCAAUAAACGAUUAUCUCGAUGGCAUCCUACUCUCUCAGGUCCUGCAGGACCUCGAUCCUUCCUUCGACGCGAAUACCAGCGAAGGCCCCCUCUACAAUGUCUACAAGGGCAUCCAUAGGCUGGUCUAUCGCGAGUGCCCCGGGCUCGUGGGCAAGGUGAAGUCUGCGGACAUUCGACCCAGAGCCAGAGAAGCGCAGCCAGAAGCUAUCGCCCAGGUACCUAUCAUUAUGACGGACACUGUCGUUCUCUUUCGGCCCAUGGAUCCGCUAAUUCGAAAAUUCACACAGCUCAUUGCCGUUCUCUUUGCAAUCGCGAUGCUCGGGAGUAAUAACGAACGAUACGUCAUGCGCAUUACCAAGGACAUCUCCGACAAGUCGGUCCUCAUGCAGCUCCAGCGAAUCACUCAGGAUAUGAAGCAAGCCAUGGAAGAAGCUGACGCAGCAGACCUCGACGACACUUCCGACGCCACCCACGAGGGCCACGAUGCCGACCUUGCUAUGGAGGCUGACAAUAUACGUCUUCGUUCCGAACUAGACAAAAGAGGAAAGCUCCUCGCAGACAUGGAGACACGCUUGGGCCAUCUGCAAGAGAGCUAUGACGAUCUAAAGGACGAAGUCGUUGCAAAGGGAAGGGAGCUGGAAGCAUUCCACAGCGCUCAAGAUGGUGCCGGAAAGGAGGUCAUCAGGUCGCUUGAGUUGAAGCUACGUGAGCAGGAUGAGCUCAUCGCCAACCAGGAGGCUCAGGCUGAGGACGAUCGGAUCGCGAAAGAACGGCUGCAAAGCGAGGUCUCGGCGCUCAAGGCCAAGACUCAGAAGCUUGAGGCUCUCGAUGAUGAAGUGAAGGAACUGCGCUUCAAGAAUGAAGAGCUGUCUCGCAAGGCAAACAUGGUGGAGCGAUACAAGCAGAAGCUCGAGGCCCAAUCUACCUUGUCGAAAGAGAUGGACAACCUGCUUUACGAGAAGGAGCAGAUGCAGCGUGACCUCAUUGAAUACGAGAAGGUUCUAAAGAGGAAUCAGGCGCUGGAACAGACUAACGAGCAGUACGCUUCAAAGCUCAGAGACUACGAGCUACAGUACGUCGAGCUGGAUGCCCAGCGAAGGGCGCUUCACGAUGACACCAUGCAGUUGAGGGCUCGCCUUCAGUCUCUUGACGCUCAGCGUCUUUCAGAUGAGCGCCUCAUUUCUGAGCUGCAGGAGCAGAUUGCCACUGGGGCUGGCUCAUCAGCCAUGUCACCAGACGCAGCUUCUGCCGGGUUCAGCCUGGAGCAGGAGCUUGACAGUGCUGGCAGCAGUGCUCCUCCCAACCUAAGCCUCGAGGUCUCUCGACUUAAGGCUGAGAACAACUUGCUUCGUAGCGGCAUGGGCUCCGCUUCAGAAAAUGCUCGGUUGCGUCAAGAACUCGAGGACGAACGACGACAGCGGGAGCGUCUCCAAAGCACGUACAACGACACGUUUGAAAAGCACCAGCUUGCAGAGGCUCAAGUCAGCGCUUUGAUUGGGGGCGGCGGCGAAAAGUCAGUCGAAUUCGUUAAUAUGCUUAUCCCACUUGGCCUGGAACGAGUGCUAACGCAAGAAUACUACUUUAGCGAGGUGUUGGCCAACUUGAAGAUUCAGGUUGCCCAGAUGACCCACGAGCUCCAAGCCGAGAAGAGGAAGCUCACAGAAGUGCAAGCUCAGCUCGCCGACAAGGAUCGUGAGCUCCUCAGCGCCAGGACAGACCUCUCUGCUGUUGCCAAAGACAGUGUUACUGCCCUCGAGGAGCUCAAAUCCACUGACCAGCUCAUCUCAGCCUCGGUGCGAGAGGAGCUUGAGGCAGCGCGCCUACAAAUAAGGAACCUCAGCGCUGACUUGGAAAACCGCCAAAGUUCACUAAUCAACGCUCUGCUAGAGAAGGACAAACUUCGAAAGGAACUCGACGAAGUCAAGGAGGGCCGGCAAGAUGGUGCCGAGUCCAGCGAGGUUAGCCAGAAGCGCGAAGACAAGAUUGAGAAGCUGCGGGCGAGACUCAAGGAGCGACAAUCGGUACGUUUUAGACACAUUCUCCAGAUUUCCCCUAAAUCCGAGCCCGACGCCCCUGAGUCACCUGAGCUGCCUGCCGAGCCGCGGGCAUCAAUGUUGUACGACAGCGAUCCGAAGCCCCGGCUCAUGGCUCCCCCUUGCCAUCCUCACACGUUCUCAGAACGCCAGCCAAGGCACAAAGAACCCGUGCAGAAGAAGGCUUGGAUCAAGAGUCAACUGGAAAAGUCCGAGCAAGAAAAGUACGACUUGCAGCGUAAGCUCAAGGCAGCGGAGGGCGGCGAAGCGGCUGCGGCGCAAAAGGCUGCGAGUGACCAGAUCAUUAAGAAUCUUCAACGCGAGAACGCCCUCAUCGCCACCGCCUGGUACGAUCUUACCAGUCGUAUUCAGAGCAAUCACGUGGUGUUGCAGAGGAGAAACGAAGUGCCCAAAAGCUGGCUGGGCAAGCAGAGACAAAUGGUCAACGCCACUCCUAGGAGGUAG